AUGCAUGUCCCGCGCGGCUUCAAUACACCCAGCUUCUUCCCACCAUUUACCGAUCCAGGAUACAACCUCCAGUACAUCGUGACCCGCAGUUACGGCGACGGCUACGGCGAGGGCUUGGGUGAUGAUUUCGGUGGUAAUUGGUACGCCAGGGAGACCUACGACGGUAUGUCAGUUUACGGCGGGGAGCCGGACCGCGCGAACCAGAAAAGCGAUGUCGGAGUCCUUGGCUCUCACUCUCACGAUCCCGGUGCGCCCAACAAGCAUUCUGACUCAACGGAUUGUCCGAGAGUCUGCGAUGCCGGUAUUCUACCUUCAAGCCCGCCCAACUGGCUGGGGUCGUCUCAGAUCCUCCUGCCUCCUCCAGUCGUGGCGUUCCGCCGCGCGAGAAGCUGCUGCGUGUCGGGGAACCGCACCGAAAGCUCGAUCAUGGACGCUCACCGGGUUCUCGCGUGGCGGAACGCCUCUCCACGGCACGGGCUCGCGCUCUGGCCAGAACGCGACGUGGAGCUCCAGGAAUGCGGGCGCAGGAGGUAUGGCCUGGGUACUUGGGCCGCGGCCGCGGCUGGGAGUGGGGAGAAUGGAGCCCGUCGAAAGCUUGAUGUCGACGAUCCCGAGUACGCGGAGGAAGUUUGA